AUGCCCGGAUUGGAGCAGAGAAUACAAGAAACUACACAGGGUCAAUCAACAGUUGUCCCUCAGAACCAAACUUUCGGGAAAAAACAAAACAACAGUUCCACAAAACCAACCACACAUGGAUCAGUUCGUCAGCCGGUUCGACGUGCAGGCCAAUUAAAUCGAAACAAGACAAAUCUUAAAGGGAUCCGAGAAAACGGAAGAAACCCCAAGUCCAAAAAUAACGGCCGCAUAGCACAUCCGCAACCCACAGGAUUUCAAUUGGGUGCCCCACCCAAUGGUUUCAAGGCAGCUGUCGGUCGGCUCGAGAAACUAGCAAUCAGAAUUGGCUUGCAACGUGCAAAAGCAGCCCACAGAGAUCCAGAGGCUCCAAGCGUCCUACGAGUUUACCCUAGGCAGGACGUGCAACGUGAUAAUCUACGCUCCUGA